CUCGCUCCCUUUGGUAUAAAUCCAAGACCUUUCCCCAGGCUUCCCUCAGUCAGUGUUGAGCUGAACUGAAGUUUUUCCAGAUUCCAGAUUCCAGAUCACUCCACCAUGACUUCUCCCGUCGGAAGACUCCUGGCUUUGGCUUGUGGUCUCACUCUCCUCCUGGGUUGUGAGUUCCAAAAGCUCUACACUGCCCCAUUUGGGGCAAAUGUCACUUUAGAUUGCUAUUAUGAGCCCGAAGCAGAACCACGUACGGUAUGCUGGGGUAGAAGUGUUACGGACGACUGGGAGGACUGCAAAGAUGAGAUGAUCAGGACAGAUGGGAAAAUGAUGGUCAGCAGAUCCUCUGAACGUUACCACUUCGCCGGCAACAUUGCUGAGGGUGAUAUGUCAGUGACCAUCAUGGAUGUCAAGGAGGAUGACUUUGGACUGUACUUCUGUGUGUCGCGCACCCAAAAAACGAUGCUGGAGCUUGAGGUCGCAGCCCCACCUCCCACCAUGGCCGCCACCCCCUCUGCUGUCACCGUGAACGCCACUCCCACCAUGGCCGCCACCCCCUCUGCUGUCACCGUGAACGCCACUCCCACCACCUCCGUUGAUGAGAAGAAGAUAAAUCGAGGAGUUUUGGCGGCUUCCAUUGUGACACCCCUGGCUCUGGUGAUGCUGGCUGUUGCCAUGGUUACCACAUGGUACAUUAAAACCCGGACAGCAAGUGUAGACUUGUUGACGAUGGGGAUCAGUGGGGAAAUUCCUUACGAAGUGGGGUCGGGUCAUGGCGUGGUGUUGACCAAGUACACCCGUUUGGAUGUGUAGGGAGCCUACCCCAGCUGACUUUGGGCGAGAGGCGGAGGGCACCCUGGUCUGAUUCUGAUUCCUGAUCCUGAUCCUGGUCUAAUACCUCCCAAGAUGAAUCAUUACAAGCUGUGAUUUCUAUACUAAGAUAAUGUUCUGUUUGUUGGAGUGAUGCUGAAUGAGUGCAAAAUGAAUAUUCUUUAUUGAAUAAUAUUCUAUUAUUUCUAUGAUUUAUUGUGUAUUUUAUCUCCAGUACUCAUUGAUGUGUUUAUGCUAUUUGAAUACACUUGAUGAAGAAACAUCUCGGUCAAGUCCAGCUUCCUCUGGAAGACUCGUGUAGGUUGUUGUGCACAGAAUGGGAACUUGAACGUGCAUAUAACUGCAUCUUAUUGCACCUAACAGUGUAUUCUAUAUUCUAUAGCCUAUAUUUCAUGUUUUUAUUUCGCACUUUAACGCUUUUUAGCUCGGUAAGUCAGUUUAUGUUCAUGUAAAUGUAGACCAGAAUGUCUGAACUUGUGAUACAUAGAAAUGUGUUUGUUUGAAAGUACCAAUUACAUAUUGCACAUUUUUUCCAUGUAAUGUAAUGUAAUGUUUUCCCAUGAUGUGAUUUCAAUAAAAUAAAGUUAAUCAUAAAUUAUCAAA